AUGGCCCCUGCACACCGGUAUUACUUGCGAUCGAGCGCGGCUCGCGACCCCGCCUUGGCAGCGCGUAUCGAAGAGUACGCGAGACUGCCGCUGUACAAGAACGCCAUCAUCAAACCGUCCGCCACUGGCAAGGGCGUGCACAUACGUUGGCCAGACACCGACGCGGAUAUCGACAUUCCUCCCCCGGCGAACGUCGCAUGGAACUAUAACAAUUCGGUUCUUGAGAUCGCCGGUGCACCGGUUCCUGCCCGGGAGGGCUCGCCAACCCUGUCGUCUCUGACGUCGCUGUCGUCAGAUUCUGACGACUCUAGUUUGUCUCUGGGAUCGACCCUGACCGAGCUCUCCGACACGGAGAUGACCGUCGCAGAGGCCGACGUCGACAUGGUUGACGUGCAACCCAGCACGCCCCCCCAAGCAUUGUUCGACCCCGGCUCGGUUGUCCUCACACCACACAAGCGGCCAUUACAGCGUGAGGAAUGCAUGGGUGCCAACCAGCCGUCCACGUCCUCGUGGAGUGGUAGCGACAGCGUCCACUCAAUCCUAGGCUACGAACCCGUGGAUGUUCACGGCUUAGAAGGAGGCUUAGCCAUGGACAACCUCCGCCGGGCACUGGAGGCCGAACGGCAGAAGACCCGCAACGGGCUAGAAGAACGCUUGCGGCGCGGCGAGCUGUACACGCCCUACACUUGGGGGAACAUACCUGUCCGGGACAGAGGCUCCACCGACAUCGAAUGGUACGGCGGCAGUCACGUCGCCAGCUGGGCCCCGCACUUGCCCCGGCCACUCGAGCACACCGACACAGUCAUCUUUCAACCCGGUGAGCCCGUAUUUUCCGCUGGCGGGUUCGACAAAGGCAAACGGCCAAUAAAGCUCGAGCCUACAGAGCCUGACCUCCAACAGCUCGACAUCGUCUCUGAGGAGGGCACGUUCGAAUGGACAAACAGAACGGUGCGCCCGUCCUGCCUCCACACCCAUAACGUCGGCGGGACGUGGGUGGAAGAGGGGACGACACCCAUUGCCUACAACAUGGCGCUCGCAGGGCUUUCCUCGUACGCAAUUGAAGCCGCCUUGAAGGACCUGACGCCAGUUUCAGACUAUGGCACGGAGUCGAGCGAAGACGAUAUUCUGACUGUGGCAGCUCUGCAGUACCAUGCCUCGCAAGUGGCCUUGGAAAUGUCGUUAGAAAGGGAACCUACGGAACCCCUGUUUUAG